AUGUCUAGCAUAAGAAAGAUGGACAAAAAUAAUAGUAAAUAUGAUUCUGAGGUGAGGCAGUCAAUUACCUCCUCGUCUUUAAAAAAAGUAUUGAAUUCCCACCUGUCAAUAUAUAAUGCUUUGACUAAUCCAGAUUUAGACGUUUCUCCUCAGCUUAAUAGUGAUACCGGCGGCAAGGGACUUCCAGAAAUGAGUGAACAGUUCUCUAUAACAUCAUGGCAAUCCAUAGGUAAUGAAUCGUUUAAUGAUUUGAAGAAUUCGAAGGAAAAGGUGUCGUCGUCUAUUUUGUCUAGCGUUUCGGAUGAAGAAGAUAAGGAGAAGGAAUCUGCAGUCAUAGUGCCUUACCCCACAAGAAAUAAAGUAAUGGUAUUUGAAACAGAUGAAGAAGAUGAAGAUAUUGAUGAGGAUAGGACGCUAAGUCCGAAGAUGCACUUGUUUAACAUGGGAGAUAACCCGAAUUCGUUUAUAAUGCCCAAACUCACAGUUUCAGAUAAUAUAUCAAACGCUUCUCAUUGCAUAUUUCAAAUAAGUGUGUUGAGCUCUCCAAGUGAAAACCAUACUGAAACGUAUCAACUAAUUAAAUAUCUUGAAAAGGAAUUCAGUAGCCAUUUAAUUAAAUUCAAUCAUUUUAUAGUUAAUCCAAAGCUCCUGUUAUUUGACGAGAAAAUAAUCAGAGAGUCUAACUUAGUUUUUGUGAUUAAUGAUGGAUCAUCAAUAUUCGUUAAUUACCUAUGCCGAAUUUUUGGAGUUGCUGAUGGGAUAGACUCGGUUAGUUUAGAUCAUUUACCUAAACUAACAAUUAUUAACAUGCUUACUGUGAAUUACUUUAUUAAUUUAUUCGACUUAUUGAAUAAUUUGCGACCUUAUCAAAUAUGGAAAACAUCAUCAUUAAAACAAGAUAACUUGUUAAAGAAUCUAAAAACUUUGAUUGAAAUCGAAUUCAGCCCAUUGAGGGAAGAAUACUUUAAUAAAACACUUACUACUAGGGAUAAGAACUUAAGUUUAACUAUAAAUAAUAAGUUUAUGUAUUCCAGUUUAGUUCCAAGCAAAAAGCCUGAUUAUAAAUCUAUUGAAAGAAGUUUCAAAUCCGAGCUUCAAGUGAGUACUAAUAUUGAUAAUAUUGAUCCUUUGCAAUUAUCGUCAAGCUUUUCAAGUUUAAAAGUAUUCAAUUCAAUUAUCAAAAAAUUGUUUGCAUUUAAUGCAAGUUGUGCUUCAAACGAAAAUUCCAGCAACUACAAUAAGCUAUGGUUGAUUUGUAGUUUUACUAUUGGCAUAGGUAUGGGUGUAGGAAUUGCAAAUGGUGCGGCAGCGAUUCUAAAUUUUUAUUUCUACAACAAUUACUUGACAUCAGGAUUAAAUUCACCUCAGUUUCUUGAUUCCAAACAACUAGCUGAUGGCACGGAUUUCACAAGCACACAAAUCAGCAAUUCGAUAGUAGAUUUCUCUAAUAAUUUAAUGGAUUCAUUAGGAAAAUAUGCUAUUGAUUUGAAAAAUUUAAUGUGUUUCAAUGAAAUCUCUGAGUUGCCCAGUAGCUUGAGGUUAGCAAGUUCGACUGUGAUUGAUUAUUUUAAAGGCGGUUUAGAGAAACUUACUGGUUUCUUUUUGUACAGUAAUCAUUGA